AGACCACAGUUUGAUUCAAGUGCAGUGGCGGUGAUAUAUGUGCAAGACAUAAAGAAAACGUUCUAUAAACGAUUCCUUUAUGAACCAUUUCCUGUUGAGUCAAGCCUUCUUCCUGUUCUUGCUAACCAUGUCAAUGCUGAAAUCAAUGCCGGGACCAUCACCAGUAAACAGGGCAUAAUGGAAUACAUAGCUGGUACCUACUUGUAUAGACGGCUGUUUGCCAAUCCAAACUACUAUGGCCUCGAAAAUCUCUCGGAAGAGUCGCUAAUUGCAUUCUUGGUUGGGGUAGUCGAUGGGUGUGUUGCGGAUCUGCUGGAUUCGAAGAGACAGGGAUGCCUACGUUCUUCGCCAUAUGGUCGCAUUGCUAGUGUUUACUAUCUUCGCCAUGAAACCAUAAAGUUUCUUUUGGAAGAACUUGGCCCCGAUGAUACCAUCGAAGAUCUGCUCAAGACUCUAUCUGUAAGAAAUUGCUUAUUAUAA